AUGCAGUUGAGACAGCAGGAGAGCGCCGGUGGCGCCGAUGUCACCAUGACUGAUUCUCAGACCGAACGACCCGAAUUCACCAAGCAGUCCUCGAGUCUGCCAUUUGGUCAGCUCGUUGCCUUGGACUCGAUCUCCGGACCGACUUAUGUGACCGGCCAGCUUCUCGUCCAGCAGGUCGCCUACAAGCUCUCCGACAAGAUCUUCUCCUACUCCCCCGAGACCUUCGACCUCGAUGUCGCCGUGAAGGAUUGGGCCGAAGACGAGGAGAAGAAUAUUCAUGGCUAUGCCACCAGUGUUCUGCCCCUCCAGACUCGUGUCGGAGCCGGCGCAUUCGCCCUGGGUUACAUUUUCUCGAAGGACUUUGACUUGAGCAAGAGACACAUUCCUCAGACUCUUCUGGCGCCAUCCCUCAGUUUGCGCCACUUGCGCUCCUCUCUCGAUCAGCUGGCGCUUCUUUACGGAGUGUCCAGCCCCUUUGUCGCGCACAUCGCUGCAGCUGAUUACUCUGCCGAUGCCGGUCUUGUGACAGAGUACGGCAGUGCUCUGCAGGUCGCCGAGGACCUGGGACUCGGCCUUGUCUCGAGCACCUCUGCCCACGAGGCCCAGCACAUUUCUCUGUUCGCAACAUUGAUGGCCAAGAUUCUCCCAACCCUUCAUAUCUACGAUGGUGUCCGUACAGCUCGCGAGACUCUUCGCGUAGUCGAUGCCCUCAGCGAGAAGGGAAUUGCCGAUGUGUACAACAAGGUUUCCCAGGCUGCCGACAGCGUCAACAAGCGUCUCGAUGAUGCAGGCAAGGUCACUGAGCUUCUCAAGGCUUUCAACGGCGAGCUCGGUACCGACUACGAGCUCUUCGAAUACACGGGCGACAAGGCUGCUGAAACCGUCUUCGUUGUCUUUGGCAGCGUCGAGUCUCAGCUUGCCAAGCAAGUUGUUGACGUCCUGGCUUCCAAGGGUAUCAUGGUUGGCGCCGUCACCGUUCGUGUUUACCGACCAUUUGUCGAGGAGGCUUUCUUGAGCGUUCUGCCCGAGACUGUCAGGAAUAUCGCCGUGCUUGGACAAGUCAGCAAUGCUGCUGCUGUUUCGGAUGCCUCUGUCCAAUCGGCUCUCUACGCAGAUGUUCUGACUGCCGUCUCCUUCGCUGACAAAUGGGCCACCGCUCCCACUGUCACUGAUGUCAAGUACCCUGCCACCGAGGUCUUCACUCCUAGCAGCUUUGCUUCCGUCUUCUCCAAGUUUAUCACCAAGAAUACUUCAGAGGUUAAGCUGUCUCUGCCCCAGCUUGAAGGAGCCGGACAGUUUGUCUUCCUUGAUGUUGACAACUCUGCUUCUGCCCACGCACCCAUCAUCAUUGGUGGCCUUCUUUCUCGUGACUCUACUAGCAAUGUCUACGCUACUGAGUCGUACGACAACUUGGUUCAGGGAGGUGUCGUGCGCGUCGAUCUGCGCGCGUCCAAGAAGUCCAUUGACGCCCCCUACUCGAUUGAUGAGGCUGAUGUUGUCUUUAUCAACGAGGAGAAGCUGCUGAAGGAUGUCGCGUCUUCUCAGACUGUCAAGUCGGAUGGUAAGCUCAUCAUCAGACUGCCAAACUUCAAGGCAGAGGAUGUCGAAAAGCGUAUCCCCGCCACUGUUCGCAAGGACAUCAAGGAGCGCAACAUUGAGCUUCUUGUCCUCGACCCGACUCUGGCAACUGAGGACGAGAAGGUUGGCCGUCUUUUGGUCGAGCUUGCUUUCCUCAAGGCUGCAAGCAGCGAUGUCAAGACCGACACUCUGCAGAAACUUGUUGCUCUGGAGGGCAACCCUCCUUCUCUGGAUGAAUCACUCGAGGCUCUUGAGAAGUCCCUGAGCAAAUUCGAGGUCCCAGAGACAUGGGCGGAAAUUGCCGAGGAAUCGACCAAGGCUGCCGCUCCCAAGACUACCAGCUUCACCGCAUUCGAGAAGGAGGAAGCCGAGUCUGAGGCUGCAAUCAGCGACUGGAAGUCGGCUGCCAAGGGUCUCCUCUUCAAGGAGGCUUACGGUACUCAGAUUGAGCUGCGACCCGAGCAGACUGUCGUCACUCACACCAUUCGUGUCAAGGAGAACCGCAGACUUACACCUGCCACUUACGACCGUAACAUCUUCCACAUUGAGUUUGACUUGGGCGACUCUGGUCUUACGUACAAGAUUGGUGAGGCUCUCGGUAUCCAUGCCGACAACGACCCUGAGCUAGUUCAGCAGUUCAUUGAGUCAUAUGGCAUUGAUGGCGAUCAGCUCGUUCAAAUUCCUGCUCGGGAGCCCGGCUCUGUGGAGACGCGCACCACUUUCCAGGCUCUCCAGCAGAACAUUGACAUCUUUGGAAAGCCACCCAAGCGCUUCUACGAAAGCCUCGCCGAGUUCGCCACCGACGAGGUUGAGAAGAAGAAGCUCCUUGUGCUGGGUGCCCAGGAAGGUGCUGACGAGUUCAAGCAACGCAGUGACGUUGACACCAUCACCUAUGCUGAUAUCCUCGAGGAGUUUACUUCUGCUCACCUUUCCUUCACCGACAUUGUUCGCUUGGUCGGUCCGCUCAAGCGCCGUGAGUACUCGAUUGCAUCGGCUCAGGCGGUCACCCCCAACGCGGUCGCUCUCAUGAUUGUCGUGGUCGACUGGGUUGACCCAAGAGGUCGUCAACGAUACGGUCAGGCUACCCGCUACCUGAGCCGACUCCCUGUCGGCACCGCAGUCACUGCAUCCGUCAAGCCCUCCGUUAUGAAGCUCCCCACUCGUGACGAUGCACCCCUUAUCAUGGCUGGUCUUGGUACAGGUCUUGCACCUUUCCGUGCCUUCAUCCAGUACCGCGCCAUGCAAAAGGCACAAGGCAAGAAGAUUGGCGACAUUCUUCUGUACCUUGGUUCUCGUCACCAGCGUGAGGAGUACCUGUAUGGUGAGGAAUGGGAGGCAUACCUCGACUCUGGUGUCAUCACUCUGCUGGGUGCUGCCUUCUCUCGUGACCAGCCUCAGAAGAUCUACAUCCAGGACCGUAUGCGCCAGAGCAUCGCCCAGAUUGUCAAGGCAUACAUUGUCGAGGAGGGUUCAUUCUACCUCUGUGGUCCUACCUGGCCUGUGCCAGACGUCACCGAGGUCUUGGAGGAGGCCAUCGCGACGGAAGCGAAGAUGUCCGGCAAGAAGGUUGAUGCAAAGAAGGAGAUUGAGAGACUCAAGGAGGAGGGACGAUACGUGUUGGAAGUCUACUAG